CUUAAUGUGCAAACGAACACAGGAACGAUGUGAAACAAAAUUAAGAACUUUCCAUUCCUCGCAGCUCUUGCUUACAAUGAACAAGAUAAUUUAUAUAUUCUUACAUCCUUCCAUCCAUUAUCUGAAGCCCUUAUCCUCACAAGGAUAUCGGGAGUGUGCAGUGUCCUCGAAGGCAAGGCACUGCUGCACUGCUCGUCUUUCAGUGUCAACGAAAAACAAGCAAUAUUAUCUUUUGUCAUUUUUUUUUUCCCACCGCUUCGGCAGUUUUCUUUCUCGCCGCGCACAUGAAAAUGCAACAAACUCAAUCAAAGCAAAGUAGGAAGCGCUGACAUGAAGCACAAGCUGCCCGAUCGCGCAUCCUAUGGCAGAAAGGACGCUCUCAACAAUUUAUGUUUUUUUUGCUUUUUUUUUAAUUCUUUUUAAGUGUUUUACCAUGAAGCGGUCAUGCGUUGGCUUCAUGCUAACCUUUAACACGAUUGGUUGAGGAGAACGUGUGACGAGUUCAUCUUUAGCGGUAACAAGGCAAGACAGGAGGAUGGCCAGAGGCCGUGUGCAUCCAAGUGUGGCUGUUUUACACCCCCCCCUGCUAUGCACCCCCUCCAAUCGGAACAACUUCCCUUACGUGACCCACUCAUAAAAUGUGCUGUACACACUCACAUCUGCGAGUCUCCUCUCUGUGCCCUCCAGAUGAGUUCGUGCAGUAGCCGCGCGUUGACCAUCCUGUCCACAGUGUUCGGGGCCUGCGGGUUGCUGCUGGUGGGGGUGGCCGUGUCCACCGACUACUGGCUCAUCAUGGUGGAGGGCGUCAUCCUGCAGCACAACCAGAGCAUGGAGGUCAAGAUGGCUCUGCAUUCGGGUCUCUGGAGGGUCUGCUUUGUGGCCGGGUCUGAAAACGGGAGAUGCGUUGCAUCGGAGUACUUCACCGAACCCGACAUCGAGAUCACCACUGAAAACACUGCGAACAUCCUCAAGAUGGUCCGGACAGCGACGCCGUUCCCGAUGGUGUCGUUACUCUUCGUCUUCACCGCCUUCGUCAUCAGCAACAUCGGCCACAUCCAGCCUCAGCGCACCAUCCUGGCCUUUGUCUCCGGAAUCUUCUUCAUCCUCUCAGGCCUAAGCUUGGUCGUGGGCCUGGUUCUCUACAUCUCCAGCAUCAACGACGAGGUGAUGAACAGGCCCAGAGAACCCGAACAGUUCUUCAACUACCACUACGGGUGGUCUUUCGCCUUCGCGGCCUCCUCCUUCCUGCUCAAAGAGGGUGCAGGGGUGCUGUCGGUCUAUCUGUUCAUGAAGCGCUACGCAGAGGAGGAGAUGUACCGACCCCACCCGGCCCUAUACCGCCCCCGCUUGUCCGACAGCAGCGACUACAGCGGCCAGUUCCUCCACCCGGAAUCCUCCUGGCCUCUGCCGAAGCGAGGGCGCAGCAUGUCCGAAGCCUCCAGCGACAUCUCCAUCCAGCUCAACCAGCCCCCACCUCCACCGCCCAAAAGCGGCGGUCAGAAGGGGGGCCCGGGUAACCCACCGUCCGGGUCCUCUUCCGGGGGAAGCUACCCCAACCCUGCGCCCUCUUCUGCCGGGUACCCCACGCACAGCCUGCCCAGGUCGCACUCACCGCACCCCCAAGGCCAGCCGAUGUCUAUGGCCGUGCCGCCUCCGGCUGUGCCCCCCCCUCACUACCACACGCACAUGCACAUGAGCGCCUCCCCCUGUUAGGAACAGGCAUUGACUCCUUUUCACCGUGUUCCAUUUCGAGGACAAAAUGUCCAACGUGGCUUAAAAGAAGUGAUGUCAGGAUUUAAGAUGGAUCAAGUUGUGCAAAAAGCCUUCAAAUUAUGGCAAGGAGAAAUUUGGGCACGAUGUUAGUGGGGAAAAGAAUUUCCUGGACGCGCCGACGGCAAGCAAGUGAUCGCAUGACUGAGGACGCACAAACGUUUAUACGUAGCGAUCUCAAGCCAGAAGUGGACAACGUGUGUACCUUUCUACGAAAUUGGAAUGUGGUUUAAUAUUUCCUACAUUAUCAGUCACCCUUUCAAAGCGGUGUGUUAUAUAUUAAGAUUAUUUUCACUUUGUCAACAAUACAGUACAGUAGUUGGUGAAUAUUGUAUGUAAAGUUUGUCACCGUUUUUCAAAGAAAUGCAAGCGGACGACGGUCCUAAAUAUCAUCGACAUUACGUUUUGUAUAUUUGUCUAAGUUAUUGUGCGUAACGUUGCACACUGGAAUACGGUACAUGUACUAUAGAUUAUAUUGAGCUUUGACACAGGAAAAAGACAAAAGGUGGGGCCCAGGGGGGCCUGAGGCUUUUGCCCAGAGACUUUGCAAUAGGCUGGUGGUGACAUCAUCAACAUUCUUCCAUAAAAUAGAUUCCCCUCUCUCCUGCAGACAGAUUUUAUCUGCCCGCUGUGGUUUUUGUGCACCGCUCAACUUAUUUGAAGGUCCGCGCACUAAAUGCUGAAACUGACAGUUUACACGCUCCGCCGGGAACUUGAUGGCCCUGGACCUGUUUUGCAGACCGACACAUUUAGGAAGAAAAUUGUAGAAAUAUUCCUCUGCGUAUAUCCCAACAGCAAACCCUGACGUGACAUUUUUAAUGUUGGUCAAGGUCUUGUUAUUUUUCCGAUUCUAGGUGUCCUUGGCUUACGAGGUUCCGAACUGCGUACAAUGAACGACUUGUCAUCGGUUGGGGUACAAAUUGCACACCUGAACGCCAAUGAUUGACUGCACACACCGGCGGCAGAGAAGCAUUUGACGUAGCAUUUUUUUUGCUAAGAUGAACACAGUUAAAGGUUUUUGCAAUAUAUAACAUAUCUUUCUUUAAGGGUUGUAUUAAAAAAAAAAAAAAAAAAUCAAGUCCCCUUAAGCCUGAAAUGUAGCAAACGGCAUCUGUUUGGCUUGUUCGGAUAUAAACUUAGGAAGCACAGUGGAACUUUGCAAAUUGAAAUGUUCGCAAACUGAGGUUUUGUUGCCUCAUAAAAGGAAUUGAAAUUAAACUAAUCUGUUCCAGCCACAGAGUAAUAUUAUAUUUACCUUAUUUACCUUAUCAUGUGUUUUAACAACGUUUCUGUGCAGUGUAAAAAUAGGUAAAAACGCAAUAUAUGAUGAUUGAAUAACAGUUUGUCAGCAAAUCACUUCGACGUUUCUUCGCCUUUUUGCGUAAUGUGCACAUUCACUGUGGUCAUUGCGAUCCCUCAAUGGCCGACACCUCCCAAAAUCCAGAGCUGCUUUUGCAGUGCAUUCUGGGUUGAGGUGGCUAUUUCAGGGAAACAAAAAAACAAAGAUAUCUGAAGAUUGGAGCCAACCGAGAGUCAAACAAAAGUGGAGACACGUCAUUGUUACGAAAGAUAAGCAGGGUUGAAGCUACUCAUUCAAAUAGACUGCAAGAAGAUUUGACAGUGUGUUUUUUUUUUAAAAAUGACAACAAAUUAGCAAAUACAAAAAUAAGUCAUGGCUUACAGUUAUGAAAUAUGCCUAGUAUUUGUGAAUUGUGAAAGAAAUUAAUGGCUGGAAGAUAGUUAGAGAAAUCUAAUAAGCUAGCAUGACAAAAACAACUCAAGCACUUUUCCUUUCAGUUUUCCCCAAUCCAACAUUUGUUCUGCUACUUAUUAACCUCAUUUAGUACCCUGGAAAUGAAUUGUUUUUAGCGAAAGAAAAAAAAACAGACCUAACUUAUUUUCUUUCACCACACAAAUAUUUACAGUCAUUCUGACUUUAUUACACCGUUUAUGUAGGACAGCGAUCUGACCGAUGUACAAAUUUGGACUAUGUAGCAGCCGUAUAAAUGGAACACUGUCGUAAACCAAGGACCCCUUGUACUACAAUAUAAUAUUUUUUGAUAUUUUUGCAAAAAUGACUGCUUGUGGAGCAUUUGUUGUCUUUACUCCAUCCAACAGAGAAGGUCUUCAAGAGUCAUCUGCACAAAUGGAAGAAGCACAGGGUAGA